UUAACAUCAUCGAUUUCUACGAGUAUCUGCGUGCUUCACUCCACUUCUUUCAAUGAUAAAUAUCAAUUCUGCAUCUGAUACUUGAUCAACUGCGUAUCGAUGACCUCUCGCCUCAGACUUGCUGCCAUCACCAAACAGAUCUCUUCCGCAUCCAAGUCAUUUUUCGGUUCACCAGCACAGUCAAGAACUCUGGCCAGCAUGUCCCAGACACCUUCUGCAGCAUGUUGCAACACCCCAGUGGUGGUUAGCAAAGGCUAUCAACAACAAGGACAAUUCAUCACAGUCGAUGGCUUGAAGACUUACACAACCGGACCGUCGUCUGCCAGUCAAGGCAUCUUGGUCGUCUACGACAUCUUCGGCUUCUUCCCGCAAACUCUCCAGGGCGCCGACAUUCUCGCGCACGCCGACCAGGAGCACCAGUAUCGCAUCUUCAUGCCGGACUUCUUCGAGGGCAAGCCCGCCGACAUCUCCUGGUACCCACCGGACACGGACGAGAAGGGCCAGAAAUUGGGCGAGUUCUUCAAGACCACCGCCGCGCCACCCAAGACGGUCGAAAAGGUCAAGAGCGUCAUGAACGAGCUCAAGUCCAGCAACCCAGGCAUCAAGGAAUGGGGUGUCGUCGGGUAUUGCUGGGGCGGGAAGAUUGUCAACUUGGUCUCACAGUCCGGCACUCCGUUCAAGGCCGCUGCAGCAUGCCACCCAGCUAUGGUCGACCCCAACGACGCGCCAAAGGUCACGAUCCCAAUGUGUAUGAUCCCAUCAAAGGGAGAGGACAAGUCUGCCGUCGACCAAUACGAAUCGAAAUUGACGGUGCCCAAGCACAUUGAGUGGUACAACGAUCAAGAGCAUGGAUUUAUGGCAGCGCGAGGCGAUCUGGAGGACGAGAAGGUCAAGGCCGCCUACGAGAAAGCUUAUCAGACUUUGCUCAACUUCUUCCACAAGCACAUGUAGGCGAUGCGAAAGGAUAAGGGGUAUCAAAAAAUUGUUCAAGUAGGUCACUCGGCUCGAACGAAUACAGCUAGCUAGCUCGUCGGCAGAGAAUUCCUGAUAGCCGUAAUGAAAGUUGAAGAUAAAUAUGAAUAUAUGCAAG